CGGCGGGCGCGCUCGCGCCGGGCGCGCUCGCGCUCGGCGCGGCCCCCGCGGUCGUCAGCGCGGUGCCCGCCCGCGGCGGAGUGGCCGCCCACCUCAAGGUGACCCUGGAGACCCCGGGCGGCACGAAGGAGUUCGAGUGCCCCGAGGACGUGUAUAUCCUCGACCAGGCCGAGGAGGAGGGCCUCGAGCUGCCGUACUCCUGCCGCGCGGGCUCGUGCUCCAGCUGCGCCGGCAAGGUGCUGUCUGGCGAGAUCGACCAGUCGGACCAGGCCUUCCUGGACGAAGACCAGACGGGGGAGGGCUUCUGCCUCACGUGUGUGACCUACGCCACCUCGGACGUCACUAUCAAGACGCACUGUGAGGACGACCUCUGAGAACGGCGGGGUCGCUGCGCCCGCAGAGUGCCGGCGUCACCGCUGGCAGCGGUUCGAGUGGGACUCUGGGCAGGCGGGGCCGGCAGGUGCACGGAGUCGCGUGCAGGACCGGAUGGGUCCACCGCGGAUUUUGUGCGACACAUGUUUAGAUUUAUAUGUGAUUAGAUGAGUUCGGGGGUGGACAGACCUCCUACCUUGUUCACUAAAGGGAGGUUUGUCCACCGCCGAUGAAUAGCCAUGGCCGGCUGGGCCAUGAAGUUUUCGCGCGCUCGUACGUGUCACAUCUCAUCUCCAUAUCGGCGCAGAUUGCUGGAUGGAGGAGCGGGCGAGCAAACAAGCAAACGUCCGACGAGAAAUGUG